ACCCCGGAAGAUCGUCAAGACGUUCCUGCCUGCGUGCCUGACUGUGGCCCGUGUGUAUGAGGAGAAAAGACUACUAGAAACAACAAGCUGGCUGCUGUGUUCAUUUGAUUCACCGUCCAACUCAAAAAUUGGUAGCCAACUACGGUUACAGGAAACAUGCAAGGCAUGCAAUUUCAAAGUGCAGAGGAUUUUCAAUUUUUUCCUCGCCAUUGGAAGAAGAGGACCGACUCAAAUGUCAGGAACUCUUUUACUUUGCUUACCUAUAAUAUACUAGCUGACGUAGCAAUGGAGCCUAUUAAAGGCUACGACAAAUACGUUCCAAUAGAGAGACGAUACAUGGACUAUCGCCUACCGCGAAUUUUGAAAGAACUGAAGGAAAUGGACGCGGACGUGGUCUGUCUGCAAGAAGUACAAGCCUGCAUUUACACAAAUCAUCUUCAGUCUUUCAUGAAAACGAAUGGAUACGAAGGAGUAUUUCUACAGCGCCAGGACGAUUUAGGGGAAGCCACGUUCUUUAAAUCCUCAAAGUUUGAAUGUGUUGAUUCCCGGUGUUGUGUACUUCAUGAAAUAGCAGAUGACAUAUUGCAGAAAGUAGAAAUGGACAAGGAGCUCAGGGAUCAUAUCAGAAGACACAUUUGCAAACCGAAUGCCAUUUUGCUAACCAAAUUGAAGCUGCUUGACAACAAGAAAGAAGUCGCCAUUGGCAACGUCCAUGCUUUGUGGUCUACGACCCAACUUGACAUUGUUUUAUUACAGGUAGCUUGCGCCGUCAAAACUCUUUCAUCGUUUGCUGGAGGGCCAGAGAAAUCUCAAAUUUUAACUGGGGACUUCAACAGCACUCCUGAUUCCGCAGUUUACCAUUUGCUCAGCGGGGGGGAAAUUGACAAGACAUGGAGAGAACAACUGCAAAAGCAUAGCGAAAAAAUCUCCGCGACAAAUGGUGGGCAAGUUCAAGAUAUGUAUUUAAUGGACCUAAUAGAAAAUGCCCUGGGCCAUGAAGUUCCCCUAAAGAGUGCUUAUGCAUUUGUUCUGGGUAAGGAGCCCCCAAUCACCAAUCAUGACGGCGCAUACUUUGACGAGGUUCUGAAAGUUUGCUUCGACUACAUCUGGUUUCACAGUGAUCGCAUUGACGUCACUGCAGUCCUGGACAUGCCACCAGAGGACGCCCUGUCAAGACACUACUCACUGCCUAGCCCGCUGUUCCCGUCAGAUCAUCUUCCUGUAAAAGCAGAGUUGUUAUUGAAAUAGUUCAACUUAAUAGUGCACUAACUGAUGAAUCACCAAAUGGAAACCAAAAGAGACACCGUUUUUGGUUGCUGCAAAAAGGGAGACAAUCGACGGGAAAAUGACUGCACAUAUUUAAGUUUUGAAAUAAUAAGUGUUCAAGAUAAAAGAAUGUUUGCACAGUGUAUAUAUCAGGUAUAUUCGCACAAUAAUUGCGCAACUAUUUAAAUUGAACAGUUUUAUUAUUCGAACAUGAACAUGAAUUAUGCUGUAAUAUUAUUUUGAAACAAUGGUCACAGACUGUUGCGAACUGUACUAAUUACUUAAAAGCAGGCGAGUCGCUUUGACAAUUGAUAUUUUUCUUAUUCGCUAGAUGUGUGUGUAAAGGGCAUACGACUGCGUCCAUUUUUCAUCAACAUCUGAAGUGUAAAGCAUUAGUUCAUACUGAAGAAUAAUCAAUGCACUAUUUUAGAAAUGCCUUUGACUUUAUGGCAAUCCGGAAAAUAAUGUAACAAAUGCUCGGCUAUAAACCACUGUAUUAAAUCAAUUUAAGCCUUA